GAGUUGUCUAUUCAGGGUUAGAACUCUCGCGGUCGUCUACGGAGUUAAACGUGUGUUAGGUUGUCAAGAUGUUUCUUCGAUCAUUUCUCGCUACCGUGUUUUUAUCAACCGUUUAUUGCAAUUGGGGACCUUUCCGUGCUGUUUUGUAUUCUGAUUGGAUUAGCUGUAACAUCAACAAAACAGCAGUACUCGAUGUGAGUAACGUCGAUGUCUACUUCUACGAUUUCAAAAACAAUUUCAACGCAACAUUCGAAAUAGACAAAGCGAUAGACGGAUUAACUAAUCUCUACAGCCUAGAUAUUACAAGGAAACUGAUAUUCUUCGUUCCUGGAUACAAAUCUAACAUUUACAAGAACACAGAAGAAACUAUACGACAAACAUUCAAAGAUGUUCCAAAUACUUACCUUAUUAUAAUUGACCAUUCCGCGUAUACAUCUAAACCUGGAGGACGAAGGGAAGUUUACGAAAAAUCAGUUACCUUUGUCCCAUCUAUAGGAAAAAGAUUGGGGACGUUUUUAGCCGAUCUGCAUAGCAAAGCUUACCCUUCUAGUAAUAUACAUUGCAUUGGACAUAGUUUGGGUGCUCAGAUUCUAGGAUACGCUGGUACUACAUAUAGUAAUAAGACUUCAGAAAAGAUAUGGAGGAUUACAGGCAUUGAUCCAGCUGGUCCUUGCUUUUCAAACAGCUUCAUUGAUAAUCAAAUACGAUCAGGUGUAGCGGAGUACGUUGAAGUAUACCAUUGUAAUGCAGGUGGUUUAGGAACUACAGCUGUUCUAGCUGACAUUGAUUUCUUCUUCAAUAAAGGUAGAAAGCAGCCUGAUUGCCAUGAAGGUUAUAUACCUGCGUAUGGUGAAUCUGAGGCUGCUAAGUGUAGUCAUAAAGCUUGUGUUAAAUUCUGGUCGGAGACAGUACACCAUCCCGGUUGGUAUUUAGCUUGGGCUUGUGAUUCUUACAAAGAUUUCUCUAAAGGCAAAUGUGCGGCGAAUCAAGUCACAAUAGCAGGUUAUUCAAAUCCAGGAAACGCGACCGGAGUAUUUUAUGUAUCAACACAUGCGUAUGCAACUGAUUAGUAUAUUUUAAAGGUAUUUAAAAUUGCACUAUAGGGAAUAUUAGUCAUUAAAUAAACUAAAUGUACAAUACUUGUAGAUAUUUGUAGUUUUAUAGGUUAUGAAAUGUGAUAUAUAAAUUCUAGAAGUAUAAAUAAAACUAAUUACGAAUAAUAAAGUUGUUUAUUAUUGUAAUUAACUAACUAUUCUUUGAACGUUUUCUUGUACAUUCAAAAAGGUAGAAAAAAAAGAUAGACAAUUGUAAUUAAGAGAAGAAAACGUUAAAGAAUAUUGUUGCCUUGCGAUUUAAAGGUUAGGUUGGAACUUAGUUUUUAUCUUUGAACUUGUUAUUGCACUCUGCAAUCUGUAUCAUAAAAUUGAACUCACUGACAUGUAUAAUCUAUACAAGCCAUGAUAAGCGAUAUGUUACAUUUUACUUAAAUUUAAUUACAGUGCGAUCAAAUGUGGCCACUGACAAUACUAACUUUGCAAAUAUAUUUAAAGCCUACUGAAAUCCGAAUAUUUAUCUUUUCGACCUUUUGACAUUAAUAAGCAUCGAUUAAAUUUUCCUAAGAGCAGGCACACACUUCUAACUAAACUAUCGCAUAACUGUUGUUCGAUCGUCGAUUGUUUUGCAGCAAAUUCAACUGUUUAGUUGCACAACUAAAUAUCUAGGAGUGUUCGCACUUCCAUCCGAAGGUGCACGCUCUUUGAUAGCUAAAGCAUAAGAAAACAAAACAGAAACAUAACAAUUUUCAAAAUAAAAACGAUAGCAUUAAAGUUAAACGGAUUUCAAAUCAGCUGCGUAUAUAUCCAGGUUUUAUUCAAUUUCUUUUGAACGUAAAACUAUAAAAUGUUUUGUCGUAUAAUAUCCAAUGAAGUGAGAGCGUCGCGAGUUGAGUGUUUCAAGUAGCUUUAUAGAUGGGAACGGAGAAAGAUUGCAUACGUUAGUGGCCCACGACGUUUGUUGCUCCCACUCGGUAAUACGCUAGAUCAAUCACUUGCAAUGUUCAUACUCUUCUUUUGUAUUACUUCAGGAAAAUAUAUGCAAACAUACUUGUGUAUAAGAACAAUAACUCUUUUUAUAU